GAUGAUCAUGUGUCUGAUGCAUGUGGAGACACAGCACACAUUCCUAUGUCCACUACUUCUGAACAACACUUGCGGAUAGAGCAUUCAUUUCCCGAAUCUCUCCAUCGACGGUCGUGUUUUGCUGUGCUGCGAACGAAAAACGUCCACGCGGCGGCUGUUACCUUGCCCGAGUUAAGCAAGAGCAGAAAAAAAAGAAUCAUUCCUCUUUGGAUUUUGUGUCGUGUGCAAUAAAUACUAGUGAUUAAUCCAUUUCUGUUACAUGGGGGUAUGGUCACUUCGCAAGUGUCCCCCACCUUAUUAUCGUGUCUGUUACCAUUGCAACAUAGAAGUGUUAAUUUCCACAUUUGCUCUCGGGCAGGAAGAGCUGGUAUUGUGUUUUAGUGGUUGUGUGUGAAAAAAAAAUUGCAAAAGCGGAAAUAAUCUCUCGUGAAAGUGCAAGCUUACCCGCUUUCGUCAGUCUGUUUGUAUAAUAGUGAACCAUUCGGUUGGUUAUAAUAGCUAACGGUGAUAUCAGCUUGACCAGGGUAAACCCUCCGCUUUUACCUUUGCCGGGCAUAACGCAUCGUUCAGCAACGCUCCAUUUGCAACGAAAGUGGCAUCCACUGACCAGAGUCUGCAUUUUGCUGCUGCACCCCACAAAUCACCCGGACGAUCGCAGCACAUAGGAGCGGCCCCAAAGCGUCCCCCACCUCCCCAACAUCCGGCUUUCAAUGGGUUGACACGAGUUCGAGGAAUUUUCCGGACGGCGGGAAACAAAAGAUAGUUUGUGUGACCGAAAAGCUUGGACCAACGGAUUUGCAUCGGUUGUUUUGCAGAGAUUUCAUUUGCUACGAUUGUGUGUGAGUUCAUCAUCUAUUCCGGACCUGACAGCAUCGCAUCUGUGAUUGGACCAGUUCUCUGUCGCCAUCAGCAGCAUCAAUCGCCGUAAGCUGAAGCCUAAAAAGGAGCAAUCCGCUUCGAAACAUCACAUCAUCUUUCGGUCGGUAUAAUCGUCGUCACCCAACGCGCCAGCGCUCAGAAACCGCUUUCCAAUGAAAAUAGCCGAAGCGCGGUCAAGUCCGUACAAAUUGGCGUCCCAGGUAGCCGAGAACGUCGUAGUGGCCGCGGUCGGUGCGACUGGGCUGGCACAGCAAUUUUGUUAUUUCUACUUCGAAAUCUCCAUCAUCCUGCUGCACCUGUUCAACCUGUUGGGCCUGGUGAUCGCCGAUCUCAACUAUUGCCAGGCCUAGCUCCUGGUACCCUGGGAGAGUACUUAGCGCUACGCUGUGGCCAUCAUUACCAGCGUGAAGCCCAAACUCAAUUCCGUCCCCUCGAAUCUCGGCGAGAAGCGAGGAACUAGCAGCUGGAGCAAGCAUCGGUUUAUGUCAUCUUUACGUGGGAUUGUGUGCAUUUUGUUGUGAAAUUUUAGUUCAAUUCAUUGAAUCAAGUGCUUCCGAUAAAAAAAUUGUAUAUAUUUCAUUGCCCAAUUGUGUUCAAAGAAAAAGUUUUAGUCAAAAUAGGAAUCAUGUUGAAAGUGGUAGGCGCAUCUUGGUACAAAACGCGGAUAAGUACCUACAUCCUCGCAGGUGCUUUCAUGCUCGCGUUCGGAGCGUUUUUCAUCGCCGAUAUGGAGAGGCCUGUCUACAAUGGAACGUAUUGUGCAACCGCCUACUGGGCCCGAAACUCAGGUUUCCGGGUUGAAUUCUGGGGUCAACGCAACGAUCUGGAAGCAGUUCCGAUGGGCGCCGUUAGAGCCUGUUACAAGGAUAGCCUGAUGGAGAGCGGCUGGUCCCAGCUGGAGCUCGAAUCUCAACCUGAAUACCCGGACAACAUCCAGGCCUUUGCCGCUGGAAUGCUAGAGGGAGCCCUGAGCUGGCACAACAUCUAUCUACACUGGACUAACACCAUAAAUGCGGAAUGUACCCGCGACGAACAGUCGGAGGAGUUUUGCGACUGGUUGCGACGGGUGAUUACCACCAACGUAGAAACAGUCAAGAAGAUGGCCGACAUGAAGAGCAAACACGACCACUAUUGGUAUCAGAUUGGCUUGUUCUACGAUCAGAUCGAUGGGUUGGAGUUUGGUUUUCGCAAGGGCGUUCGCCGAUCCAGGUUGGAAUAUGACAUUCCGGCGGAAGACUUCCUGCUGAUGAACAGUGCUAUCGAUAUUCGCGAUCUUAAAUCGUACUAUCUGAAUUUCCUGGAUGGCGAAAGUGGGCUGGAGGUGGAACCGAACAAGGGAAUGAUGCUGUUGAGGAUUUUGGAAAGUAGCAGCGGGUUGGUGAAAAUUCUCUUGGGUCACACGAGCGACGGUAGUUAUGCGUCGAUGCUGCGGAUGAUCAAGAAGUAUACCUUGAACUAUCACUUCUCGGAGGAUUCUAACAUUGAACGGGUGGUUCCGAGCACUAACAUUGUGUUCACUAGUUAUCCUGCAGUGUUGGCUUCGUUAGAUGAUUUUUACAUGCUUUCUGGCAGAAAACACAAAAUGGUUACAGCAGGUAUUAAGAUCGAGAAUGAUAACUUGAAUCUCUGGACGAAGAUCGACUUGGUGCGAUCUGUGUCGUUAGCACCCAGAGUCAUGGCCGCGAAUCGACUAGCCCAUAGUGGCCGAGUCUGGGCGAAAUACUUUGCACGAAGUCCUUCGACAGGUGCCAAGCAGUGGUUGAUUUUGGAUAUGAAGCGACUAGAUCGUAGAAUAGACGUAUCCGAUGAAUAUGCUGAGACUGAUGAGCAGCUGAUGAACAAUGCCAACGUUGACAAGUCUGAUUCAGAAGAACAACCCACCGAGUCUAGAAUUCUGGAUGAUUACGUAGAUGUUGAUUUUGAAGAAAAUACUAGGCGCAUCACUUCCAUCGGAAAGAUCAGUGAGGGGGGCUUAUUUUGGGUGGUGGACCAGCUUCCUGGUAGACUGCACGCAGAGGACAUGACAGAGAAAAUCAUUAAAGAUGGUUACUGGUUGGGAAAUGGUGUACCCAUCUUCAAGGAACUAGCCGAUAUUGGUCACGUGAAAACCAACAGCACCAACACGCAACAACAUUCCAUUCAGGAGAAGAUCCUCAACAACAUCACCGACCUCGAUGGUCUGGCAAAGUACAUCCGCCAGAGUGCCUACCGAGGCGACCUGGAUCAGCAGAAUCCGACGGCAUUCGGCAACAUCGACAUGAAGCUUUUUGUCGAAACCAACGCCAGCAAUGGCACUUUCGCAUUCCAGGCCUACUCGGGGCCCCUAUACGAUCCGAUCAGCGAUGGCCAAGCCGCAAAGCGAAGCGUCGAAUCGACGGGAACGGACGAUAAAGAAAACGACGUAGCUGCUCGCCCAAUAGUGCACGGAUCCAAGAAUAAGCGGAUCAAACCAUUCGAUUGGAAUGCUGCCGACCAGCUGGAAGCUCGCCACCAGGGACAACCAAAUGUGUGGAACUUUGGACGCCAAUCGCCGCAGUGGGCUUGGGUAUGACACAGAGUGUGACAAAGUUACAGAUGUUUUAAGAAUAUUGUGCCUUAAAAGUUUUAGUUUUUUUAAAUUUAAUCAAAUUUUUAACGUAACAAAUUCCACGUAAAGAUUGGAAGUUUUACCAAUAAAUACAUCAUGCAAUGCAUCAUAGUAAAUUCACGGCUGAGCGAUGUGACUUGAGAUUGUGAAAUAAAAACAACAAAACGGAUCCGGAAACAUGGGGAAUACUUGCGAAAGAACGGUCCAUCUGCUGUCAUCGAUGGUGAACAA